AUGAAGUCGCACCUGUGCAAGACCUUGACUGAGAGCUACCUGACCUUUGAAGAACUGAACACCUUGCUCAUCCAGGUAGAAGGAAUCCUCAACUCAAGGCCCCUUGUGCAGCUGACGGACGACCUCUUCGAUUACGAAGCACUGAGUCCCGGCCAUUUUUUGGUUGGACGAGAAUUGACCGCAGUGGCGGAGCCACUGUACGAUGAUUGGAAGGAGUCGAGUCUGUCCCGAUACCAACUGGUUCAGAAACGUAUGCAGCACUUUUGGAAGCGAUGGUCAAGCGAAUACGUCACUGGACUGCAGAAGCGGGGCAAGUGGUACAAGGAACCUGCGCUACUUCGGAAGGGAAUGCUAGUGCUCUUGAAGGAAGACAACGUGCCACCGAAGACUUGGAAGCUAGGCCGCAUCAUCGAAACACAUCCAGGGAAGGACGGGAUCGUACGUGUGAUCACGGUGCGCACAGGCAACGGAGUCUACAAGCGGCCGACGACGCAGGUUGCGGUUCUACCCAUAGACGACAACACAGUUCCAGCGGAGUCCCAGGAGUAG